GUGCUGCUUGCGAGCACCAUCUCAGCCCUUCUUCUGCUGCCCUCCCCCCUCUCCACUCUUGUGAUAUCUCCUUCUUGGAAUCAUUGGAAAAGUGUCUCCUCUUUUCUUCUGAUCCGCAAUCAUGAGCUCCCUGAGCUUGCGGAGCCUGGCUCCUGCGCACAAGAUCUCCCGCGCCCUCCGGGAUCAGAGACGUCUCUUCUCCUCGUCGCGUCCGGCUGCCCGCAUCUUCGGCAAUGGACCCAUGCGCGCCAAGGAGGCCAAUGGCUACAUCUCCGACAAGUACCCCGUGAUUGAUCACGAGUACGAUGCCGUCGUUGUCGGUGCCGGUGGUGCCGGUCUGCGUGCCGCCUUCGGUCUUGCCGAGGCCGGCUUCAACACUGCCUGUGUUUCCAAGCUGUUCCCUACGAGAAGUCACACGGUCGCUGCUCAGGGUGGCAUCAACGCCGCCCUUGGAAACAUGCACCCCGACGACUGGAAGUGGCACAUGUACGAUACCGUCAAGGGCUCUGAUUGGCUGGGUGACCAGGACGCCAUCCACUACAUGACCCGUGAAGCCCCCGCCAGUAUCCGUGAGCUCGAGGGUUACGGAUGCCCCUUCUCGCGUACCGAGGACGGUCUGAUCUACCAGCGUGCCUUCGGUGGUCAGUCCAAGGAGUUCGGCAAGGGUGGCCAGGCCUACCGUUGCUGCGCCGUCGCGGACCGAACCGGCCACGCGCUGCUGCACACCCUCUACGGCCAGUCGCUGCGUCACAACACCAACUACUUCAUCGAAUACUUCGCCCUCGAUCUCCUGAUGGAGGACGGUGAGUGCCGCGGUAUCAUCGCCUACAACCAGGAGGACGGCACCCUGCACCGCUUCAAGGCCCACCACACCGUCCUGGCCACCGGUGGCUACGGCCGUGCCUACUUCAGCUGCACGUCCGCCCACACCUGCACGGGUGACGGUAUGGCCAUGGUGGCCCGUGCCGGUCUCCCCAACCAGGAUCUGGAGUUCGUCCAGUUCCACCCCACCGGUAUCUACGGUGCCGGCUGCCUGAUCACCGAGGGUGCCCGUGGUGAGGGUGGCUACCUGCUCAACUCCGAGGGUGAGCGUUUCAUGGAGCGGUACGCCCCGACCGCCAAGGAUCUGGCCUCGCGUGACGUCGUGUCGCGUUCGAUGACCCUGGAGAUCCGCGAGGGCCGCGGUGUCGGUCCCGAGAAGGACCACAUCUACCUGCAGCUGAGCCACCUGCCCGCCGAGCUGCUGCACGAGCGUCUGCCCGGUAUCUCCGAGACCGCCUCUAUCUUCGCCGGUGUCGACGUCACCAAGCAGCCCAUCCCCGUGCUGCCCACCGUCCACUACAACAUGGGUGGUAUCCCCACCAAGUACACCGGCGAGGUCGUGACCGUCGACGAGCAGGGCAAGGAUCAGGUCGUCCCCGGUCUGUACGCCUGCGGUGAGGCCGCGUGCGUGUCGGUGCACGGUGCCAACCGUCUGGGUGCCAACUCCCUGCUGGAUCUGGUCGUCUUCGGCCGUGCCGUGUCUCACCGCGUCCGCGACAUCGCCACCCCCGGCCAGCCCCAUAAGGAGCUGAGCUCCGACGCCGGUGCGCAGUCGAUCAAGGACCUGGACUUCGUCCGCAACGCCGAAGGCCCCAAGUCGACCCACGACAUCCGCAACGCCAUGCAGAAGUCCAUGCAGACUGACGUGUCCGUGUUCCGCACGCAGGCCAGUCUGGACGAGGGCGUCGAGAAGGUUACCGAGGUCGACUCCUGGUUCGACCAGGUCGGCACCAAGGACCGCAGCAUGAUCUGGAACUCUGAUCUGGUUGAGACUCUCGAGCUCCGCAACCUGCUGACUUGCGCUUCCCAAACCGCCAUCGCCGCCGCCAACCGCAAGGAGUCCCGUGGCGCCCACGCGCGCGAAGACUUCCCCGAGCGUGACGACGCGAACUGGAUGAAGCACACCUUGACGUGGCAGAAGGAGCCCCACGGCAAGGUGGACCUGAAGUACCGUGCGGUGGAGGCCAACACGCUGGACGAGGCGGAGUGCAAGCCCGUGCCGCCUUUCAAGCGUGUGUACUAAGCUGGCAGCAGAAGAGGCUUGAAGAAAAUCGGUGUUUAUUUUCCUGUGUUUAUAUGUAUAUCCUUGACUCACUUUUU